GGGACGGCAUGGGGAUCGAAGGAGGAAGCCCCGGUGGUGGCCUCACCAAGACGCUGCAGCCGCCGACCUUCUCCCCACGCGCGCUGGCAACAUCCCUGGACCUGCAUGCUACUCACGCUGCUGCCUCCCAAACUGCUCAUAUUAUUGAAGCUAAGUGUGCAAAUGCUGCUCACCGGAAAUGAUAGGAACGCUUGGAUGUGCCAGACACGGAGAGGAGCAAAGUCCUGGUGGAUUACUUGGCGUUGUCUGACCUGUGGGAGCACUUUGCUGAGAGCAGUGCCUACGGCCUCGCCGUGCUUGUCCGCCUCCUCGGCCACAUCCUACCUCUCCGCCAUCCAGCUGUACACAACCACCAGCCUCACCAUCUCCAGGAGGAGAAUGGGGAGUGAAAUGGAUUACAACGGAAGAGCCUGCUCUCGCGCGAGGAUCCUGGUGGUGGCCGCCGGCCAUGCUCGAUGGGAUCCUGGCUGUGGCUGCCGUCCUUGCUCGCGGGGCCUCCUGGUGGUGGCCGUCCGAGCAAAGGGGCGGCCAGACCGUGUCUCUCGGCGCCGCCGGACGCCGGCAGGAACGGCAGAGGGAUCGACGGAGGAAGGCCUGACCAAGACGCUGCAGCCGGCGACCUUCUCCCCACGCGCGCCGGCAGCAUCCCUGGACCUGCUGAUCCCGCGCGACGCCAUCCACCUCUCCCUGCCGCUGCUGCCUCCCCAGAACGCUUGGAUGGGCCGGACACGGAGAGGAGCAAAGUCACGGUGGACUACUUGGUGUUUUCUGACCUGUUGGAGCACUUUGCUGAGAGCAGUGCCUACGUCCUCGAUGUGCUUGUCUGCCUCCUCGACCACAUCCUACCUUUCCGCCAUCCAGCUAUACACAGCCACCAGCCUCACCAUCUCCAGAACUUACAUGCAGGAGGAGAAUGGGCGGCGAAAUGGAUUACUAGAGGGGUGUUGGCUGCGAGAGGUUUGCAGGGCUAGCAUACAACACUGCCAUCUUGUCGUCGAAGCCUGAAUUUCCAGUACAUGGAGUGGGAAUGACCUUACCCCUGUCUGUCUCAUAAGCUACCCGUGGCUGCGGCUUCUGGCUCAGCAUCGACAUCAGAAGUGGAUGCACCCCUGGAGCCAUCCUUCCAGUACUUGUCUGUCGCGCCGAAGUAGACCGCUCGUGAUCUCUCUUGCCAAUGGAUGAUGGUGGUGUCGCCAGAGAGAACACCGUCGUCUUCAUGUCCUGCUGCUUGGCAUCAACUAUGGCUAUGAGACUAAAAUUUGAAGUUGAAUAAAUUGGAACCAAUGGAUGAAUUAAAGGAUGAGGUAGCAGUAUGCAUGCUGCAUUUCAAAGUCAUACUUCACCUCCACCCAUGCUGCCGUGCUACGGUGGUGAGUCAACCAUGACGCAACCAUGGCAGCAGUGGCCUUCUUCUACACCUCCGUGUUAUAGGU